AUGAAGAAAUCUCAAGACAGCAAGAGGGAUGAGGCCAGAAAGGAUAAGAGCAUGAAGUCUCCCUUACUGAAGGAAAAGCUCACACCGGAAGAGGUAUGGAAGAAUGCAGCUAUUCUAUUGGGAACCAAAAGAAAAGAAUCCACUCCAAAAUCAAUGCAAGGCAUAAAAACCUUUGACUUCAAUGAUGUUUGUGCGGAAAUUGAGAAAGUGAAUAAGGAAAGAAUUUCGUUGUAUGGAAGUGGCCAUGAAGACGGAGUAAGAAGGUUCUAUGAGAUUGAAGCCUCGAACUCUCUUGUACAUAUUCCAAACUUCAGAGACUUAGAAAGAAAAUAUGUUCCAAGGACGCCUGUGGAAACACCUAGCUUCUUUCCAAAGACAGCGCUAUAUAUAUUUGAAAGCCAGGACAUAUUCAAGAAACUAGACAUAGAUACGCUCUUCUUCAUUUUUUAUUCUCAGCUUGGAACUGUUCAGCAAUACUAUGCUGCUACACAACUAAAGACGUAUUCGUGGAGAUUCCAUACAAAAUACUUCACGUGGUUUCAGAGGCUAGACGAGCCAAAGCUGAUAACGGCAGACUAUGAAAGGGGUGAUUUCUUGUUCUUCGACUACGAUGUUACAUGGUCUUUCAUGAAGAAAAGUGACUUUACAUUUGAGUACAAAUACCUUGAAUGCUCCGAAUGGUAA